GGUCCCGCUGGCCAACCCGAUGCCCUCGGUGCUGACCACCCGCAUCCCGCCGGACACCGACUUCAUGUGCCUGCAGGAGGUGUUCGAUGCCACCCGCGGCCACCAUCCUGCGCCGGCGGCUCGGCCGCCGCUUCCCGCACGUGCUGUGGGGGGUGGGCCCGGGGGGGCUGCGCUGCGGGCAGCUGCGGGUGCUGGGCAGUGGCCUGGUGCUGGCCAGCCGCUUCCGGCCGCUGGCCGCCCGCUUCCACCCCUUCCCCAACGCCGCCCGCGAGGACGCGCUGGCCAACAAGGGGCUGCUGGUGGCACAGGUGCUGUUGGGGAUGGGGCGGGGUCAGCGCGUCGUGGGCUACCUGGGCUGCACCCACCUGCAGGCGCCCGCGGCCGAUGCCACCAUCCGUGACGUGCAGCUGUCCCUGGUGCUCCGCUGGCUCUGGGAGUUCCGGCGGGAGCACGAGCAGCCGGAGGACCUGGUGGCCUUCGAUGUCCUCUGCGGGGACCUCAACUUCGACAACUGCUCCCGGGGUGACGCCCAGAACCAGCAGCACCCCCUGUUCAAGGAGUUCUGGGACCCCGCACGCUGCGACCCCGGCCAGGACCAGCCCUGGGCCAUCGGGACGCUGCUCGACUGCCUCAAGAUCUACGAGGAGGCCGUGUCCACCCCUGAGAACAUGAAGAGGACGCUGUCGCAGCCCCGGGGCCGGGAGCAGUUCCUGGCCGCUCCCAUCCUGUCCUGCGGAGCUCCGGACCCGGCGGCGCCGCGGCCGUGGCAGGGCCGGCGCGUGGACCGGACACUGCUGCGGAGGGACCCCCGCGCUGGCCACCGAGGUCACCGGGCUCUCGGUCAUCACCCAGCUGGCCACGCUCUCCGACCACCUGCCCGUGGCCCUGCGGCUGCGCCUGGGGCCCGCUGACCUCUGACCCCGGCACGGCCACGGCGCCGGCCACGGCUCUGACCCCAGUGUGACCACUGCUCCGGCCACGGCUCUGGACACGGCGCUGGACACAGCUCCGGCCACAGCUCUGACCCCAUCGUGGCCACUGCUCCGGCCACGGCUCUGGACACGGCACUGGACACAGCUCCGGCCACAGCUCUGACCCCAUCACGGCCACUGCUCCGGCCACGGCUCUGGACACGGCUCUGGACACGGCACUGGACACAGCUCCGGCCACAGCUCUGACCCCAUCACGGCCACUGCUCCGGCCACGGCUCUGGACACGGCACUGGACACGGCACUGGACACAGCUCUGACCCCAUCACGGCCACUGCUCCGGCCACGGCUCUGGACACAGCACUGGACACGGCACUGGACACAGCUCUGACCCCAUCACGGCCACUGCUCCGGCCACGGCUCUGGACACGGUGCUGGACACAGCUCCGGCCACAGCUCUGACCCUGAUGUGGCCAUUGCUCUGGCCACUGCUCCGGCCACUGCUCCGGCAACUGCUCUGGCCACUGCUCUGGCCACGGCUCUGACCCCAGUAUAUGACCACUCCUCCGGCCACUGCUCCGGCCACAGCUCUGACCCCAGUGUGACCAUUGCUCUGGCCACUGCUCCGGCCACUGCUCCAGCCACAGCUCUGACCCCAGUAUAUGACCACUGCUCCGGCCACUGCUCUGACCCCAGUGUGACCACUGCUCCGGCCACUGCUUCAGCCACUGCUCUGGCCACUACUCCGGCCACUGCUCCAGCCACAGCUCUGACCCCAGUGUGACCACUGCUCUGGUCACUGCUUCAGCCACUGCUCCGGCCACUGCUUCAGCCACUGCUCUGACCCAAGUGUGACCACUGCUCUGGUCACUGCUUCAGCCACUGCUCCGGCCACUGCUUUGACCCCAGUGUGACCACUGCUCCGGCCACUGCUCCGGUCACUGCUCCAGCCACUGCUCCGGCCACUGCUCUGACCCCAAUUUGGCCACUGCUCCGGCCACUGCUCUGGUCACUGCUCCAGCCACUGCUCUGACCCCAGUGUGACCACUGCUCCGGCCACUGCUCCGGUCACUGCUCUGGCCACUGCUCCGGCCACUGCUCCGGCCACUGCUCUGGCCACUGCUCUGGCCACUGCUCUGGUCACUGCUCUGGCCACUGCUCCGGCCACUGCUCUGGCCACUGCUCUGGUCACUGCUCCGGCCACUGCUCCGGCCACGUCCCCGUGAGUGUCACUGCACUGGGGGGUGACCGUGUGGACACGAUCAGUGGUGGCAUUGAUCCGGAAUCGGGGCCGGAUUGGUCCGGUAUUGAUCCGAUAUUGAUCCAGUACUGGGGCGGGAUCAGUCUGGUAUUGAUCUGACAUCCAUCCGGCAUUGAUCGGGCAUUAAUCCAGUAUUGAUCGGGCACUGAUCCGGCAUCGAUCGAGCAUUGAUCCAGCAUUGAUCGGGCAUUGAUCCAGCAUUGAUCGGGCACCAGUCCGGCAUUGAUCGGGCAUUGAUCCAGCAUUGAUCGGGCACCGAUCCGGCAUUGAUCGAGCAUUGAUCCAGUAUUGAUCGGACACUGAUCCAGCAUUGAUCGGGCACUGAUCCGGCAUCAAUCGAGCAUUGAUCCAGCAUUGAUCGGACACUGAUCCAGCAUUGAUCGGGCACCGAUCCGGCAUUGAUCGGGCAUUGAUCCAGCAUUGAUCGGACACCAGUCCGGCAUUGAUCGGGCACCGAUCCGGCAUUGAUCGGACACUGAUCCAGCGUUGAUCGGGCACCGAUCCGGCAUCAAUCGAGCAUUGAUCCAGCAUUGAUCGGGUAUUGAUCCAGCAUUGAUCGGGCACCGAUCCGGCAUUGAUCGGACACUGAUCCAGCGUUGAUCGGGCACCGAUCCGGCAUCAAUUGAGCAUUGAUCCAGCAUUGAUCGGACACUGAUCCAGCAUUGAUCGGGCACCGAUCCGGCAUUGAUCGGGUAUUGAUCCAGCAUUGAUCGGGCACUGAUCUGGCAUUGAUUGGACAUUCAUCCAGCAUUGAUCGGGCACCGAUCUGGCAUUGAUCGGGCAUUGAUCCAGCAUUGAUCGGGCACUGAUCCGGCAUUGAUUGGACAUUCAUCCAGCAUUGAUCGGGCACCGAUCUGGCAUUGAGCGGGCAUUGAUCAGGCACUGAUCCAGCAUUGAUCGGGCAUUGAUCCAGCAUUGAUCGGGCACUGAUCCGGCAUUGAUUGGACAUUGAUCGGGCAGCGAUCCGGCAUUGAUUGGGCACCAAUCCGGCAUUGAUCGGGUAUUGAUUGAGCACCAGUUCGGCAUUGAUUGGGCACCAAUCCGGCAUUGAUCGGACAUUGAUCGGGCACCAAUCCGGCAUUGAUUGGACAGUGAUCCAGCAUUGAUCAGGCACCGAUCCGGCAUUGAUUGGGCAUUGAUCAGGCAUUGAUCGAGCAUUGAUCAAGCAUCGAUCGGGCACCGGUCCGGCAUUGAUUGGGCAUUGAUCAGGCAUUGAUCGGGCAUUGAUCAGGCACCGAUCCGACAUUGAUCGGGCAUCGAUCGGGCACCGAUCCGGCACCAGCCGCGCGCUGUUCCGGUGUCCGGUGUCGGCCGCUCCUUUUAUCACGGAAUUUCGGAAA